UUACUUCCUUUUUUCCUUCCUUCCUAUACACCACCAAUCAACCCCCCUCCCCCUGCAACGAGGAGGGUGCCGAUAAGCCGAAAAAUGUUAUUACACUGCUUGCAUGCUAUUCUGUUAUAAGCAAUGUGCUGUUUUUGUAUUAAUAUUGUGUUUUGUAUCACCAUGUGAUUACAAUGUUUUGAUAGGUAAACAGGGCAGCUUAUAAAACAGAACGUAGGACUACGACUGGUAGUUAAAUGGAACUGUGCGGUGCAUAUGCAUGUGUACAACAACACUGUCAACAGGUGUAUUGUAAUGAUGGCAAAUUUCUCAAGUUUUGGUUUUCUUCAAGUGACACUGCACCCAUUUUCAAGAAUUUUAAAUAAUGCAGCAAAUAUGUACAAUGUUCUUAUUCGAUUUUCCUUUAAGGAUAUUCUUAAGACAUUUUUAAAUUUUUGUCUUACUAUCGUGAAUAUUUAUCGGCAUGGUUGUAAUUUUCAAAACUUUCAAGCUAAAUUGUAUGUGAUGUUUUAGGAAUUAAAAAUUGAUUCAGCAUGCAGAAAGUGAAAGACGCUAUAGACAGACUGAAUAAUGCAUUGGAUGGUCUGUCAUCAUCAACAACAAGUACUCAAAAUAAUCCAAAUCAGAACAUCUUCCAGAGUCCAAACUCACAUCCAAGUCCAAACUUACAUCCAAGUCCACAACAUCAGAGAAUUCUACAAGAUUUCAAUAAGCAAUUUCCAGCGUUGAAUGCUGGUGGUAGCCGAUAUCGCCCACAAGCAAAGAAACCACGUCUCUCUAAUAACUUCAUUAAGGACACAUGGACCCAUAAAUUCUGUGCACUGAGCUACAAAGAUACAUCAGUUUCACCUAAUACACGUGAAUUAAUGGAGCUAAACCAAGUUGGUCUCGGAAUUGAAAAAGUUGUUUUUCCUUCCAAAACUGGAACACAUGCUAUGCUUCUGGAAGAGUUAACAAAAGCUUAUCCAAAAUUAUCAUCACAGAGUGGUGGCAUUGAACUUCUGAGGGCUGAGAGUGGUGGAAUAAACCGACCAUUGGUGUUGAUACCACCAAGAAAAGAUGGUUAUUCUAUCAGCUAUUUAAAAAAUUUAGACCGUCUAAAAAAGACCGUCAGAAGAUGAUAUUGUCGAUGACUGCGAUUCAUAUGGUAUAGAUUGGAGUGUACCGAGUCAUUAUAUCGAAACCCGUGACGAUGCUAUUGUGGUUCCCGAGAUAAAUCAUCCAUUUCAAAGUAAUGACUUAUACCUGGAAUUUUGUAGAUCUAACGAUCCAAUGGCAAAUUGCGAUAACUUCGGUAUCGAAGUGUUUCUUCGAACUGUUCAGGUCGUAGAAAGUACAUUGUUAUGAACACCACUAUUAGUUCACUCACAGAACUUUUGAUUGAAUUGCUUAACUUGACAUUAGUUACAUUAGAUACAUUACAAAGAAGAAAUUCAAACAUUUUGUUCACUAUAUACGUACUAGAUAUUAUGCUUAGGUAAAAUAAAGCUCCUUCAGUUCUUCUAACCACGCGAAAAAAUAGCCACAGCAGUAGUCAUUUAAUAAGUUCUUCCCGUGCCUAAUUAUAGAGCGCGCUCUUUUUUGUUUCCCCGUCCCAACGUCGAAAAGUUGUAUUAUGCCCUGAUCGAGGUUGUUAUUCUGCUUAUCAUAACUCCCCUCUAAUAGGCAUAUAAUAUACACGAGAGGUUAUGAUGAACUAGUAGCCCUUGUACACCAAGUAUGGAAUCUUUUUUUUUCAUUUUUUCCUUUUAAAGUAUUCAUGACAAGAAAAAAGUGAAGAUGUAUGUAAGCGUAGUUCUUUCUCUGACACGGAUCCUCCCAUCACACAUCUUAUUACGCUCCGACUUUACACGUAUUUCUAUUACGCCUCGCGUCCUUCUAUUACGCCUCGCGUCUCUCUAUUACGCCUCGCGUCUCUCUAUUACGCCUCGCGUCCUUCUAUUACGCCUCGCGUCUCUCUAUUACGCCUUGCGUCUCUCUAUUACGCCUCGCGUCCUUCUAUUACGCCUCGCGUCUCUCUAUUAUUACAUACGCGUCUCACUAUUACGCCUC